AUAUCUGAUAACCUAUAACAAUAUCCUGAGAUCCUGGUAAAGAUGAAUUUUAAGUACAUAGUUGCAGUGUCCUUUUUAAUAGCAUCUACAUAUGCACGAAGUGUAAAGAAUGAUGAACAGUCUCUGAGUCAGAGAGAUGUUUUAGAAGAAGAAUCACUGAGGGAAAUCAGAGGUAUAGGAGGAGUCCUCCUAAGUGCUGGUAAAUCAGUUUUACAAGGCUUGGCUCAAGGAUUGGCUGAGCAUUUUGGGAAGAGAACAGCUGAAGAACAUGAAGUGAUGAAAAGACUGGAAGCCGCAGUGCGUGAUCUAGAUUCCUUGGAUUAUCCAGAGGAAGCUUCUGAAAAGGAAACCAGAGGCUUCAAUCAAGAGGAGAUUGCAAAUCUUUAUACUGAAAAAGAGAAACGCAUUAUAGGGCCAAUAUUAGGUUUGGUUGGUAGUGCACUUGGAAGUUUACUUGGAUAGUUAUAGCCAGUAAAACAUUGCUUUCAUUAAUGUUUGUAAAGUGAUGCUAAUCAGAUAACAUAUAACAAAGCAUAAAUAAAGCACAUAAAAAGCUAUUUAAACAAACUGCAUGUUCUCUACUCUGCUAUUAAAUAAAAAUCAUAUGAGCAAAACUUGGUUUUUCAUUUAUAAUUAUCAUUAAAAUGGUGGCUGAUCCUGGUUUUUGAUCACAUUUAUGUAGUAAAGUCUAUCGAAUGAUUUUUCUACAAAAUUAAAAAUUAAAGUCUAUGGAAAUAUUUGUAGAUAAUAAAUAUAUAAUAUUUUUGUGUUUGACGCCAACGUGUUGUAUUUGAUACCUGGAAUAACAGUUAAUUAAACAAUAAGAAACAAA